AUGCCAAUUGAGCAGACGCUUGUUAAAGUCUAUGCUACGUGGUCGCUUAUCAUACAUGAUUUCAGACUCUUCCUCUUCCCAAACUCUACCUCAGGCUCCGAUAUUUACCAAUUCGAUGAGUAUCCGACCGAAGAGGACUUCCGUGACCGUCAAGUGUUGGAACGCACGGACAAGCUCGCCAAGGAGAAGAAGGCCGUGCUGAAUUCGAUCCACCUUUUGAAGACGCAAAAGAAGAUCGUCCAGGCAGGUGUCGUGGGUGUGUGGGAUGACGUGACGCAACGAGUCCGUGAUGUGUUGGAGGAAAAGGGAACAGACGAAGACAGUGUGCAUCACCUUCUUCUUGAGCAUCACCUUCUUCUCAAGCAUCACCAGCCUCUGCGGCAUCCUCCACCGACCAGCCCCUGCGGCAUCCUCCACCGACCAGCCUCUUCCUUCACAUCCAAUUCAGUCUAUCUACUCCGCUGCCAGCGUCUUCAACGCGCUGCGUAA